UCAGAGCUGUGGAAAGCAGAGAGGGGAGGAAACACUGCAACGCAAGGAGGGAUCCCAGCAUCUCACUUCGCUGGGUAUUCAGUUCUGAGCUUCUCCCGCUGGGAUAAAUCCCCUGAAUGUAGGCGCUUAACAUCUCUAUUUCCAAAGCAGUACUCCUCCUCCUCUAGUCUACAGUCAUGAACUACCUGCGCCGGCGUCUGUCGGACAGCACCUUUAUCUCCAACCUGCCUAAUGGCUACAUGUCAGACCUGCAGAAACCAGAUCCUCCUCAACCUCCCCCUCCUGGACCAGCUUCAGGACCAGCUCCAGUUUCCCCAGGCCAGGAGAGAAAACCCAUCCAACCCCAGCCUCUAGGGACGGGAUUCUUCAGCUCCAUCACCAGUGGGGUGAAGCAGACGGCCGCCUCAGCAGGGCUGGUGGAGCAAACGCCUGUGCCUGCAUCAUCCAAGAGACAGAAGAUCCUGUUGGUCAUCGAUGAACCACAGCAGGACUGGGCCAGACUCUUUAGAGGGAAAAAACUGAAUGGAGAUUAUGAUAUUAAAGUUGAACAGGCUGAGUUUGGAGACAUCAGUGUUGUGGCUCAUGCUAAUGGAUCAUGUCACGUGGCUGUGCAGGUUCUGCAGAAUGAAAACACAGUUGUCAGGUCAUUUAAGCCUGACUUUGUCCUGAUCCGACAGCAUGCUUACAGCAUGACAGAGAAUGAAGACUUCCGUAACUUAAUCAUCGGUCUUCAGUAUGCCGGCAUUCCCAGCAUCAACUCCCUGGAGUCCAUUUACAACCUCUGUGACAAACCCUGGGCAUUUGCAUGUCUGAUCAACACAUGCAAGAAACUUGGACAGGAGAAAUUCCCAUUAAUUGAACAGACGUUCUAUCCCAAUUAUAAAGAAAUGGUGGCCAUGCCGUCAUUUCCAGUUGUCGUGAAAAUUGGGCACGCUCACUCUGGUGUGGGGAAGGUGAAAGUGGAGAACCACACAAAGUUUCAGGACAUAGCGAGUGUGGUGGCUAUCACUCAGACCUACAGCACGUCUGAACCUUUCAUCGAAGCCAAAUAUGACAUCAGGAUUCAGAAAAUAGGAAAUGAUUACAAAGCAUACAUGAGGACGUCAGUCUCUGGUAACUGGAAGUCCAACACUGGCACUGCCAUGGUGGAGCAGGUGGCUAUGACCGACAGGUAUAAGCUUUGGGUUGACACCUGCAGUGAAAUAUUUGGAGGCCUCGAAAUUUGUGCUGUUAAAGCUAUUCAUGGAAAAGAGAAAAAAGAUUACAUUACUGAGGUAAUGGGUUCGUCUAUGCCACUGGUGGGGGAACAUCAGGCCGAAGACCAGCAGCUGAUAGCAGACAUGGUCAUUGCCAAAAUGAAUCAGGUUAUGGCACAAAAUCCCAAAAGACCAACUGCUAUUCAACCAAGAAAGAAUGCUUUUGAGAAGGACUUGGUGGUUGAAGUAAAGAACACCCCACCACAGAGAGCUCCUCCACAAGGCUGCUUGCAGUACAUUCUUGACUGUAAUGGUGUUGCAGUGGGACCAAAAUUAGUGAAGGCAAACUAACGUUACCUUGGAAGCUUGAAGCAUUUAAGCUCCUGACAGGUAAUGUUCAAACAUUCAGACAGUGACCUGAGGUGCAAGGGGACAAAUAAUCUGUAAGAAAAGUCUUAGUUUGGGCCUGAUCCGUAUUUCAGUCUGUAUUGUGUAACUUUCACUGUUCUGAGCUUGUGAUGGUUGCUUUGUUUCUAUGUGAAGCGGUUGUCUCUUCAGGGUUGUUGUGUGGUGAUACAGCAGAUCGUGCCUAGUGUUCAGUGCCACUUUCCUUGUACUUAUUUUUUUCUUGUCUCAUGACUUAUGUUUUAGUAAAUGGUGUUCAAAGAGUUACAGUGUGUGAGUGAGUGUACAGUAUGUGUGUGUGUGUACCUUGUAUUCGCUACAUAAUGGGGACCAAAUGUUCCAACUAGUAUAAUAAUACCAGUAAAUUUUGUCCUUGUGGGGACAUUUUUUGGUCCCCAUGAGGGAAACAGCUUAUAAAUCAUACACGUUUUUUGAAAAAGUAAAAAUGCUGAAAGUUGUUUGUGAGGGGUAGGUUUAAGGGUAUGGUUAGGGUAAUAGCAUAGAAAAUACAGUUUGUACAAUAUAAAAAACAUUACGUCUAUGGAAAGAGCCCAUUAAACAUGAAAACCAAUAUGUGUGUGUGUGUGUGUGUGUGUGUGUGUGUGUGUGUGUGUGUGUGUGUGUGUGUGUGUGUGUGUGUGUGUUUGUGUGUGUGUGUGUGUGUGUGUUUGUGUUGUGUAUUGCUUAUUGUGUGAAUGGUGUUAAUCAUACACAAUUAGAGACAUUUAAUUGCAUGAACAUUUAAUUGCAUGAUCAAAUGUGUGUGUCAUUGUGUGUUAAAAGGUAAGGUGUGCAUUUUCUUUUGUGACAUCACUGUUGAAAUAAUAGAUAUCAUGUAUGCACUUCUAGUAUUAUGAAUGUGUUAUAAAAUAUGGUGAAAUGUAUUUGCCACAGUGGAUGAAAGCUAUAUUACUAAAUAACAAUUAUUUUUUGUUCUUGUUACUAAUAUUAUUGAAGAAAUGCGAUCACGCAAUAAAACAUGCAAUAAAAAUAAAACUCUGAACAAACAAUGAACCAGUUAAGUGAAUGUGCUUAACCUUCAGACAGUGUUGACUGUUAACAUUAAAAACAUUAUUUAUAUUUUA